AUGAAAUAUCAUUGUGUAGAAUAUUAUUCUGAAGAAACAAAUAUUAAAAAUACAAGGAAUGUUUGUUGCGUUAGACGAAAAUUUUUAAAUUUGUUAUCAAUUACUGGAAUUUUAUUAUUAUUAGUAGUACUAAACAAUAUAAUAAUAUGUGAGAAAGGUGAAACAAUAGAUGGAGGUAUUUAUCAUAUAUAUAGAAGAAAUUUAUCUGAGUUAAAAACUGAAAAGAAUACAGGAUUUAGAAGUAGCAGUUUAAAGAAUAAAGGAUUAAGAAGUAGCAGUGAAAAGAAUAUGUUAAGAAAUAACAUAGAUGAAAAAAAUAAUAAUAUUUCUCUUAGUUUACAAUGUAAUAAUAUAAAUUAUAAUGAUAUGUCAAAACAAUUAACACUGGAGGAUUUACAUAAUGUAUUAGAUAAUUUAAAAGAACGUCCAUCUGAUGAAGAUCUUCAUAACAUAUGGAAUCAUGUUUUGGGUAUAUCUAAAGAAGGAUUUCAUGAUAUGAUAAAAGAAUUAGCUCUUUAUAUAGAAGAUUAUUUACUUACAUAUGAAUAUCAACGCUAUUUUCAUUCUGAAUAUAACGUUAGACCUGUAUGUGUAAAUAUUAAAAAUACAGGAUUAAGAAGUAGCAGUGAAACGAAUAUGUUAAAAAAUAACAAAGAUGAAAAAAAUAAUAAUAUUUCUCUUAGUUCACAGUGUAAUAACAUAAAUUAUAAUGAUAUAUCAAAACAAUUAACACUGGAAGAUUUACAUAAUGUAUUAGAUAAUUUAAAAGAACGUCCAUCUGAUGAUGAUCUUCAUAACAUAUGGAAUCAUGUUUUGGGUAUAUUACAUAAUGUAUUAGAUAAUUUAAAAGAACGUCCAUCUGAUGAAGAUCUUCAUAACAUAUGGAAUCAUGUUUUGGGUAUAUCUAAAGAAGGAUUUCAUGAUAUGAUAAAAGAAUUAGCUCUUUAUAUAGAAGAUUAUUUACUUACAUAUGAAUAUCAACGCUAUUUUCAUUCUGAAUAUAACGUUAGACCUGUAUGUGUAAAUAUUAAAUACCGUACAUGGAAAAAAUCAAUGCAUGAUAUAGGAGUUGCACUAUCAUCUACAGAUAAGGAACAUACACUUAAGUUUUUUAAUUUAGUUAAAGAUGGAGCAACAAUUGAUGAAAUGAGAAACUUUAUUUAUUCAUUUAUAGAUUAUUACAGUACAUUAAAAAAUGAUUUAUUUAAAAAACAUAUGAACAUAUUUAC